AUGUCGAGAUCGAUUCCACCUUCCAAUAGUACCACACCAUCAACGCAAUCGACCGAAUCCGACUCGCCAUCGUCUGUGCACCCACCACCUUGCCAGCCCAGUAAAGAAGACACCGCCUCUUACUUAGAAAGGGUGUCUGUUGGAGGCGUACUCGCCGUCAACGAUCGGGACUACGAUUACAGCAACGGAGAACUCUACAAGGCUGUCAGCUCAAGCUUCAGAGCGCAUUUCGAAAACUUCCCACACCCGUUAACGCUGGCCGAACAUAGCGCCAUCCUCCACCAGACGAUCGAGAGAUUUCCUGACUAUCAUGUCGAGGUCCAAAGCGUCUCGCCGGAGGUCGACAAACGAAAUGGGACGGCCAUAGUGUACAUGGAGACCGAAGUCACUGGAGCACCGCCUGGAACUCGAAUGGCUUUGAUGAAUGAGUUUCGAUGGAGGCGAGAUGGAGGAGCCUGGCAGUGUUGGUUGCAUCAUGGCAUGAAGGGGAUGAGUGAUUUCCAUUGA